AUGGCGUCACCAGCGGGUAAUAGUGUGACUAUCGAUAAAGCAUAUUUCGAAGCUCUGUUGCGGCGAGCAGAAUUUUAUACAGCUGGUGACCACGAUACCGUCACUAUAUCGCGAGCUGAAUAUGAAUUCUUGGUCCGAUCUAUCUCUGAGUACCGCUCGCUUUGUAACGCCCUGAUUCGAGGUGGCGUCACACAAGAGGUGCUGCAGAUACUCACCAAGGGUGGCGAUAAUGAUGAUCAACAGACAGAAGAGGAGUCUGGAAGGGACUGCACUUUCGACAAACCGCAGCAUAUACCGGUGCAAUUGUCUGCUCCCGACAAUACACCAGGGUUCGACCAUUCGCCCGUGCCAUCAUGUUUUGAUAGUCAUCCGUUAAGGGGACAGGAAGUUUCGCAGACCCGCGACAGCUAUUCUCCUGAAGAAGAUCACGACGAAGACCAGUAUCCGAGGGUCAAGACUGAUCGAGAAGAGACUCGUACCGAUCGAUCUCUUCCUCGAGAUACUAAACGUACCAUCCAUAUCACAAACCUUGCGAGCCAGAUGCCAAUGAGAGACCUCAUCAACGUUAUUCGUGGCGGUCGAAUCCUGGAAGCCUAUUUCCGGAAAGACCAUUCGGUCAUUGUAUCUUUUGUUGAGGGCGCCGAGGAGUUCGUCCGCUAUGCUCGGAAGGAGAAUAUCUGCGUGAAUGGUCGACCGAUUCACGUUAAGUGGGCUGAACGCCAGUUCCGACUCGCACCGCAUGUCGCCAACAAGCUCGCCAAUGGUGCUACCCGCAAUCUCGUCAUUCGUCGUGGCACGAAAAAGCACACAGAAGAAGGAAUCCGUGAGGACAUGGAGCAUAUCGAAAAUCUUAUUAUCCUCGACAUCGACGUCAGAGGCGAGGACAUCUUCUUGUCAACCAAUUCCGUACAUCAAGCCAUGUACGCUCGCACAUGUAUGAUGUCCAGGGCUGCGUAUAAAGGUCUACGUAUCGAGUGGUGUCCUGAUCCAUGUGGUGCGACGCUUCCCAAGUCAAAAGUGCCCCGCCAUCGUAACCACAGAUUUCAGACUGCUGUUGUGGACCCGGUAUCGUCAGUGGUCAACCGAUAUACCUUGCUUAGUCUCGAUGCUAGCAGCAGCGACUCUGGAAAAGAGAAGCAGGCGGAUCAAAACUUCCCGGCGUAUGGAGUUGGCCUGUCCAGCAAUUGGGCGGAAAGCGUAACGGCGUGA